AUGAAAUGUUCAGAGCCUGAUUUCUUGUCGAUUAGAGAAAAGUCAUGUUUCGAGCUUGAAGAUGGUCAAUUUAUCGUAAAAGUCGGAUUAAUUAAUAAUUUAAAUUAUUUACUUGAUUUUUUAAAGCAACAACAAAACAAAAUAAGUGAAGAUAGUUAUAUGGAUGUAGAUUCAAACUUAACAUUCGAUUUUAUUAACAAACAUCCAUUGUUAAAAAACUUGGUUCAUUGGUAUCAGCGAAUUGGAAGUGAAGGUGUUACUAAUACAGACAAAAAUGGUUUUUUAAUAGAUUUUAUUAAUACUAUUACUAAUAAUUUCACAAAAUCAAGCAAUCAUUUUCAAUACAGUGACAAAAUCAAGGACUUCGCUUUAUGUUUAUAUAUUUUAGGUGGAAAAUUAACGUAUGAAUUUAUUCGAUUAAAUAUACCCGGCUCUUUACCAAGUUUAACAAUGUUGACUAAAUUAAUUUUAAAUUCAAAUUUAAAAAUUAGUGAAGCAGAAUUUCGAUUCGAUCAGCUUCAAAAACAUUUUGAGAAUCUGAAUCUUCAAUAUGCAUUCGGUUCUGAGGAUGCCACUGGUGUUAUUAAAAAAAUAAAAUAUGAUUCAAUAACAAAUAAAUUUAUUGGAUUUCCUACGCCACUUGAGCAUGGGGUACCAAUUAAAGAAUAUUAUCCCACUGAUUCAUUGGAUACAUUGAAGUUAUGGUUCAAUUCAAUUGAUAAAUCAUCGUUAUUAAAUGUACAUAUGAUUCAACCAGUACAAUCAACGACUCAAAACACAAUUCCAAGUCCUUUUUUACUAUCAGCAUAUGGUAUUGAUAAUACGGCUACAGCGAAUGAUAUAUUACAAAGAUGGUGGCAUAUAUUCAAUCAGUGUUUACAAAGAAAUAUAAGAAUUAUUGGUUUUUCUACUGAUGCUGAUGCUAAAUAUGUACGUGCUAUGCGAUUAAUGAGUGGAGUUUUUGCAUCUCUUCCAAAUUUUCCAGUUCAUCAACAUCAACAAGCUUUUACAGUAAAAUUAAAAUCACGUUGGCCUUGGUUUUUUUUACGCGAACAACAACUAUUAUUAUUUUUUCAAGAUGCGACACAUCUAGCUACGAAAUGGCGUAAUCGUUUAUUAUCGUCUACAGCUGAAUUACGUCUUGGUGACCAAUCGAUAUCGAUCAAUCAUUUAUAUAGCAUUAUUGAUAAUGGAAAAUUUACUAAAAUUGAUCAUGGCUUGACGAAAUCUGAUAUUAAUCCUAAAGAUCGUCAAAAUUUUAGUUCUUGUGUAAAAUUAACAUCUGAUGAUCUAUUUAAAAUUUUAAAAGACAAUGCUGAUACUCAUGGAACCUUGAUUUAUCUACAGAUGUUAAAAAUGAUUAUAAUGGCUUAUAUUGAUAAAAAAACAACGAUUGCUGCGCGUGAGUAUGCUUUUUUUUCAUGUUGCUUGAGUCUUCGAUCUUCUUGGUGCGUUGUAUUUUUCUGUCGAAUAUGGUUAACAUGGAUCAAAUUGAAAACAUUCAAUACAACACAAUUCUCAGAAAAAAACAAAAGCAGAUAUUUUAUCACUAGACCAGCGUAUUUGUCCGUGGAAAUAAAUGCACAUAAUUUAUUAUAUUUAAUUUUACUUGUUCAACAAAAACAACUACCACCACAAUCAUUACAUAUUCAUACUUUUAGCUCGCAAGCCUGUGAAUCAAUUUUUCGAAACACGCGCGCAUUAAGUGGAGUCUAUUCAACUAUAGUCAACUUCACUGUACAUGAUUUUUUACGACGUGCUCAAAGAUUGUCACUACUUAAUGAUAUUAAAUUCAAGCAUUUAAAUGAUAGAUCAGUUAAUAAUUUAGUAUUUCCAGUUCAUUACAAACAUCGACAUGAUCAUCAAUCAUUAGCUACACAAAGUCAAAGAGAGGUCGAUCUAAUAGAUGUCGAACAAAUCAUUACUGAGGCUUAUCAUGAAGCAAUUGAUAUGCUUAGUGGCUUAGAAAUAUUGAAUUUACUGAACGAUAAAAAUGUUCUUGGCUUAAAACCAUUAAGUGAAUAUGUAUUUAAACAGUUAAAUUCAAAUUCAAAGAUGUACGACUACUCAUCUCAACUCAGCCAUAUGGAUGAUGGAGAAUUUGAAAUCGAUGAUGAUGAUGAUGAUGAUGAUAAUGAUGAAGAUAAUAGAACAGCAGCUGAUCUUAAUAUUAAUGAUGGUUUUUCCUCAAAUGAUGAUUACGAUGAUGAAGAUGAACAAGAUGAUACGCGAAAUUUAAUAAAUACAACAAAAGAAGAAUUUUCGGGAAUGAAAGUCCUUAAUACGGUUCAGUCUCACAUAGAAAAUUCUUAUUUUAAAGUUAAAAUCAAUGAUGAUACAAAAUAUAUGCAUAAACAAACUGCUUGUUGGCUAUUAACCGGCGAAAAAAUUGGAGGAGUUCCAGAAUUAGUUAAAGAAAUUCCGAAAUUACUUGGAGGAAUUUCGGAAUUAGGUUGGAGGGAUUCCGGAAUUGGUGGAACUGAUUCCGCGGGCGGAACUGGUUCCGGAAUCUGCAACAUUGCGGAAUAG